CCACGCCUUCCUCCCCACCCUUGUCUUUACUGUGUACUGAGUUUGUACUUUCACAAAAGGAACACACCAUUUGCUUGUGGAGAAAGUUUGAAAAAAAAAUACCAGGUGUUUUAACCGAGGGCUAAAUUGUUUGUUUUAUGUGCUUAUCAUAAGAAAAGUUGGGUUUUAUUUUCUUAUUUCAAAUGGAAAAAAUAAUAAUUUGGUGAGCAUCGUAUUGACGCAAACGUAAGCGAUUUAAGCGGACAAGGCACCUUCGAGGCCUCUAAGACCACACUACUAAGAACCUCGGCGUCGAGUGAAGCGGUAGGGAGUUUAAAGCGGUUGCAAAACUUCGAACUAAUUUUGUUCUGAAUGAGCUUUAUUACAUCACAGUGGCUUUGCGCAGAUUUUUAUCUUGUAAAUUCCAUUCUCGCACUAAUCAAAUUCACUUGUGAUACAAAGACUUGCUGCGUGAUAGACUAGGAUAAAGGCUUUAGAAGAAUAAACUUCUCCACUGUAACAAUAACAAAGAGGCUUUUUAACAGGCUGGUAAAGGGGGGUAUGGAUCACGUUUUACGGACCGGGCAAAAUGACUUUUCACGUUUCAGGGACCGAAAAAUGGCCUUUUAAAUCGUUGAAUCACGUAUCACCGACGUGGAAAUGGACGAUUUCACGUUUCUCGUAGGGCAAAAAAUGACCAAAUCUCGUUUCACGAAAAUACCAUUUUACCAUGUUUUUAUGGUCCACCUAAAUUUCGAUGUGCUAGCAGUUUCCGGCUAAUGCUCGCGCAAUUUUAUCAGUCAUGCUCGCAUUGUAUUUUUCGAUGUUCUCGCUGCUUGAUUUAUUCAAAAACUAAAAAGGAUCGGUCCCGCAUAAAAAACGGGCUACUCGCAAGCUCCUUUUGACGGUAUAUUAAAUUGAUUUUCGGCACCUAUCUCAUAGUAGUUGGAGACUACUAUGAUAUAUACAGAUCCGUAUGGUUGCACUAACUUGCUCAGGCGGAACGGACAGUAACUCAAUAGCGCUAUAUUGGCUCAGCUGUCGAACUGUGGGGAAAAACAACCGUGUGUGACUUGGAUUCGCCACCUGUCAGAUAAAAAAAACUUUGCAUGAAAAUAUAUUACAAAUAACUGAAAAAGCAGCACGAAGAAUGUAGAACUAUUUUACUGAAAUCUAGAUCUGUAUUUUAUUUUGCUUUUGUAAUUGAUCGUGCUUACUCCCGAGGGGUUACGUUUUAUUGGUUUGGAUUAUAAAAAGAUUCAGUAAACCGUGAACACUAGAAACAAUCAUGCAUUAUUGAAUAGAUUUACUCAAACACGUCAAGUUUUACUCGAUAUAUCUUCCCAUAUUCUCUUGCCUGAUCAUGUCGGCUUUAAUUACAAUACAAUAAUCUUUAUUUAUUGAAGGUCUGGAAGGGAAUCAUCAAAGAAGAGAAAAGGUUUGAGUGAAGUUAUUUGAGAUACGAAUGGCUUGUGCUCGGGUAUGCCACAGAUUAACGAGGCGAAGAGCAAAGGUAGACAUUACUGGUGAAUCCCAAUUUGUGCGAUGUCUUUCGACCAUCGACUUAACAUCCAUUGGUAUCGGUACAGUGGUAGGGGCUGGACUUUACGUUGUUACAGGACAAUUAGCAAGGGACGUGGCCGGACCUGCCGUUAUUUUGUCCUUUGCCUUUGCUGCCGUCUCCGCGCUCUUGUCAGGGAUAUGUUAUGCGGAGUUUGGCUGCCGGAUUCCAAAAGCAGGAUCUGCGUAUGUGUACACUUACGUCUGCCUUGGAGAGAUAUGGGCUUUCAUUGUGGGCUGGAAUAUGAUUCUAGAAUACAUCAUCGCUGCGGCAAGUUUAUCAAGAGCUUGUAGUGAAUACAUAAACUCUUUAUCUGGUGGCAAAAUUUACCAGUUCUUUAUUCAUAAAAUUGGAUCUUGGAAACACCCAGGAGUUGCAAGAUUCCCCGAUUUUCUUGCGGUCUUUCUUGCUGUAUUGAUUACGAUAAUUGUGUCUUCGGGGACAAGACAAGCUUCUAUCCUCAACAAGGCUGUCACCUUUGUCAAUUUAUCCGUGGUGGUAUUCGUCAUUUGUGUCGGAUUCUACUUUGCAGACACCAGCAACUGGUCAACAUUGGAGAAGUUCGCACCAUAUGGAUAUGAAGGCGUCAUAGCUGCCGCAGGAAGCUGCUUCUUCGCGUUUGUCGGUUUCGACGUUAUUGGGACUGCAGGUGAAGAGACGAAAAACCCCAAGAAGGCAAUCCCAUUGGCACUCAUGUUGACUAUCCUUGUCAGCUUUCUUGCGUACUUUGGGGUAUCUACUGUGUUAACGCUCAUGGUGCCUUCUCACACUCUCAACGAGUUUGCUCCCUUGGCUGAGGCAUUCGCGCAAAAGGGAUUCGGUCUUGCCAAGAUCAUCAUCUCGGUUGGCGCUAUCUUUGCUACGAUUGGCUGUCUGCUCAGCGUAUCGUUUGCUGCUCCUCGCGUAGUCUGCUCCAUGGCGGAUGACGGCUUGCUAUUCCGAUGGCUAGCUAAGAUCAAUGGCAUCACGCAUGUGCCAGUAAGAGCGGUGCUGGCAUGUAGUAUCGUGGUCGCCGCACUAACGCUUAUCAUGGAGCUGAAACAGCUGGUGGAAAUGCUGUCAAUCGGGACUCUAGUCGCGUAUACUAUGGUCGCCAUCGCGGUUUUGCUAACGAGGUACCAGUGCAAUGUGGAAAGUGUGUAUUUUGACCUUAACCAAGACAACGAGGAAGCUAACAAAGAGACAUUUUGCGGCUCCAUUUGCCGAUGUUUCCGAAAAUCCGAUGAUCAGUACAAGCUCAUUACAGAAGAAGAAGAAGAAGAAGAAAAACCUCUACCAGAUCCCGCAGAGGACACUCCUAAGAAAAUGAUUCCCACUUAUGAGUCAAGUUUCCAUGCUACCUUGGUCACCCUCGUGUUAACCGUCGCUAUAGCAACAUUGUCAAUCAUGCUCACGGCUGGGCGUAAUGCACUGGCGGCGUACCAAUCGUGGGCGGUCCUGUGCUUGUGUGCUAGCUGUAUUGUGAUCGUGGUUGCGAUGGUGUGCUUUUACAAGCUUCCAAGAAAUAGUGCCACCUUCCCAUUUACCGUGCCAUGCGUGCCCUUGAUUCCGGUGAUGACUAUUUUUUCUAACACUUUGCUGAUGGUUAGUCUGAACCACUGGACGUAUGUGCGCUUUGCUGUUUGGAUGUCUUUAGGUGCACUGAUUUACAUGUUCUAUGGUUAUUGGCACAGCUCUCUCGACUCGGACCAAGGCGAAGUCAUGGAAAGCGGAGACGAUAUUGCUGACUAGGCUUGAGCGCUUGAAAGUGUUAAAACAAGCGGCAAGGACCAUAUAUAUGAUAGGCAUUUCUUGCGUUACGGCCAUAAGCAUAACCCCGUUCCUAUUCCAGGCGGCAUAUAAAUUUUAAAAGAGGUAUCUGUAUUGAAUAAAUACAAAUGAAAAUAUCCGGAAAUAGGUGAGCAAGGAAUAUGGAAUUGUAAUUAGUACAGUGAAAAAACAAAAAUCGAGAACAUGGCCGAGAAUCGAACCUCGUUCGUAUCCGGUAAAUUUAGAAAAAAAAAUAUACCGUAUGGCAGCAUCAAGGUUUUAUGCAUAAAAGUAUAUCUGUAUCAAAUAAAUACAAAUUAAAAUAUAUCUGGAAAGAGAUGA